UUUUCCUUAAUGUUCCAUCACAGAUAUCACACAUAUAUUUAUUUCCCCACAAUUCAAAUGUGUUACAUAAUCUCUCAGUUACUUUUUUUUUUGACUACCUCCUCCUGCUCUGAUCUACUCUGAUUGUUCAUUCUAGGACUUCCAUUUGCUACUUUCCCUGUUUCCUGGUUCCCAUCUCUUCCUCUUUCUGGCUUUACUCCCUCAUUCUGCUGGAGCACAUCCUCCAGUAGCUUCUUGGCUCCGGAUACGGCUGAUUCUGGGGAUCUGUGGUCGUUCAUCAGUUCCUCUUGUUGGUGUCCCCUUGCAGGCCCCGUUCUCAACGUUGCUCAGUCAGGUGCCUCCUUCUCACCAACUGUUUGUUUUCCAAAAACAUGUUGAAAUGUCUUAUAUGCUGAUGUCUUUGCACUCAUUUCCUUUGAUUUUGAGCAGUUUAUUCUUUUACUGUCAUUUUAAUGGUGUUUCAAGAGGGAGAAGAGGUGGUGGUGGUGACGAGAAUAAUAAUAAUGUUAGUAAUAAUAAAUAGCAACUAACAAAUAUUGAGUUUUGCGGUGAGACAGAUACUGCCAUAAAGGUUUUGAGUUAACUCAUGUGAUCCUCAAAAUAAUCUUAUAAGGUAGGUACUAUUAUUGGUCCCAGAGAUGUUCAUUAGUACCUUGCCCAAGGCCACACAGAAGUAGAAUUCAGACCCAGACAGUCUGGCUCCAGAGUCUGUGCUCUUGGCCUGUGUGCAGCAGGCAUUUCUGAAUGUAUGAGGGUUAACUGGAAGUCCUCAGCAGAUCUUUCAAAUCUGUCCCUCCAGUUAUGUUUCUACCCUCUGCUCCUGGACUCAGACGCUUAUCCCGUCUCUCCUGGGCUCUUGUGGUUUUCUGCAGCGCAGUCCAUCCUGGACGUAGUUGCUAGACUGAUCUACCUAAAGCACUGCCUUCAACAACCCCUCUCUCUUCCGAAAUCCUGGAUGGCUCCCCACUGUCUGAAGAAGAGAGCCCAGAUCUCUUAAAUUUUCCACCAACCUUCUCUAAACGCUUAGCCUCCUCAUCGGUCAUACACACCUCCUUUACUUCCUGGAUUGGUUAAGACUCUUGGUUGCAAGUCACUGAGACCCAACUCAAACUGGCUUUUAAAAAAACCCCAGUUUAGGCUCACCAGUUGUGUAGUCUAGGGACAGAGCUUGUUGCAGGUGUAGCUGGCUCCAAGGGGCCAGGUAGUGAUUGUCAGUACUCUUUCCAUCUCUUGGCGUUCCUCCUCUCUGGCUUAGCUCACAGCAGGCCCCUCCGCGUGGUGACCCCUGGCAGUACCAGGCUUCCAGCCCCAGCUCCGGGUCAAGGGGAGAAGGGGAGUUUCUCUUCCCAGCAGUUUCAGCCAGUCUCAGGGAGCGGAUGCCGGGCAGGUGCAACAACACAGAUAUUCCUUUCCCCCGAGUUCUCCUUUCUCACUGCUCGGCAUCUGUUCAGGCUGGCGUUCUUCCAGGAUGUGGUUUUCCUUCUCCUCCGCUUCUUGAAAUCUCACCCAUCCUUCUGCAUGGCUGACUGGUGUUGAGGCCUCUCCUCACCCUCUCAGCCUGACAGGGUCUUCCUCUCCUGUGGUCCCCCCCAUCCUGUGGCUCCUAAUUAUCUUGUUCCUUCUUUUGCAGAUAAAUCAUCCAUCGUGUUAGGGGUGUGGACAGGGCUAGGCAGGAGGAGCUGCUGAGGCAUUUCAAGGGGAAGGAGUGCUCAGGUUGAGGGCCUGGGAAGGUCGCUGGGGCCUCGGGGCUGAGAGGGGGUGUGGUAGCCAAAGCAGCCGGGGUGCGUGUGUGGCUCUGGAGUCCCACUUCCUGAGUGUGAACCCCAGCCCCAUUGCUCACGUGUGGGCGGCCUCGAGCCAGUUAUCGACCUGCUCAAAGCCUUGGUGUUUACUCCUCUGUAAAAUGGGCGUGAUUCCAGCACCCACCUGCAGGGCGGCCGGUCAUUUGGACUAGAGCAUGCUUGGAACAGCACAGGCAGGCAAAAAUGUCACUCCUCUCCUCUCUCCCCUCCAAAGGGGUAACGAACGAGCAGGUGGCGGGGAAGAAUGCUUGUGCCUCAGCCUCGUCCCUCUCUGAUCCCCGCAGGGUCGCUGCAUCGGGCCGGCUAUCCCGCUGUGUGCGGGCUGUGUGCGUGAGCCCCGCUGGGCCGAGGGGCGGGCUGGCUCCCCGCCGCAGUCCUGUUUCAUACCCAUGUUUUCAGAUCUUAACUGGGAACCUUGUGAAAAGCUAGGAUUGUUCCCAUCGUCGUCACAGCAGCAGAACUUGGAUAGUACUUACUAUAUACCGGGUGCCGUUCUGUUUAUAGCAACUCAUUUAAUCUUCUCAGUCGGUACCACCAGCAGGUGGGUACUGCUAUUGCCCCCGCCCCCGCAUUUAAAAAAUGAAACUGACGCCCAAAGAGGUUAAAUUACUUGCUCCUGGUCCAGGUAAUCCCCCCAGCAGGUGAGGGAGCUGGGAUUUGAACCCAGGGCGGACUCUUUCAGGUCUGUGCUCCUACCCUUCCUAUUUCUCCUAUGCAUACAAGGCCAUGUAAAGUUUUAUUCUGAUUUCAGUGCUGGUUUAGGCCGCAUUCGGGUGCGGCCGACCGUCUGCCUGAGCCCGGCUCCGGCAGGCCUGUGUGCUGCUCUGUCUGCGUGUUUUGAGCUGGCAUUUGGUUAUGUGGGCCUUAAAGAUGCAGCUUGUGUGGCCACGGGCCUGUGAACGUGUCUUAGAGGUGGCAGUGGCUCCCGAAGGACCGGGCAGCCCCUAGGGUGGGGACAGAAAAAUAACUCCCCCGGCUGAAUCCCUUUACCUUGUAUAUUCCCUUUCUAGGUGUCAGAGCCUUAGGGGUGUUCACUGCUGACUGCUGCUGCGGUAGCCAGAGCUGUCUUCCAGGGUCACUGUCUAGAAUGAUCUGGUUUAGUCCCAGUGUCUUUUCUGAUUUCUGGAGCAAAGACAAAGGGAAGUCCAGUGCUCUUUUGUUUUCAAAGGCCAGUAGUUGUUUCAAGUUAAUCAAGAUGAGAGGCAAAAUAUCAAUGAAUCCGCUUGGCUAUUUUUAAAAUUAAGAUAAGGGUAGAGAAUGGAGGAAAGAGGCUGAAGUGAUAUUUUCAUUAAAGUUACACGUCACAUGUAAAUUAUGUUUUAUACAUAGUUUAAUAUUGGCCAAGUGUGAUAAGCAACCUGUUUGUAUUAGUGACUGAAAUUCGAGUUGAAUUGUUUAUACGCCCAUAGUAGCACAGCGUGGUGUUUCCGUCAUUCACUCUGUGGUUUCCUCACCAUUGGUGUCUGUUUCUCAGGUGCCUUCUCCUCUAGAGAAGGGGGUGGGGAGCAGAUAUUUCCCUUCACAGUUCUCUAGAGGGGCUAUUCCAGGGGAGGAAGUCUGAGACCGUUAAAUCCCACGUGAAAGCACCUGCUCACAGCACGGGUACCGGAGACAGGGGUGGAAUCCUGGCCCGUCAGACUCCACUACCUUUUUUUCCCUCUCUUUGGAGGAGUUGGAUUCAUUUACAGAUUGUGUUGCAGCCCCUGGAAGCAGGCAGAUGGGGGAUGUUACCUUGACUUGUUACACGUGGGGAGACGGGCCUUCAGUGUGAUGCAGCAUUUGGGGUUAUUCCUCCCAGAGGUGGUGUCAGGCAUCCUGACGUGGUGUUUAGUCCACUGGAGCCUGGCGUUUGACUUUUUCUGCCUCAGUGCUCACCUUCUUAAGGUAGAGUAUCAGAGGGCAGGAGCAUGAUGGGGACAGACCAGCCUCUCUCUCCCUAAUGUAUUAAAAACAGUAAAAAAAAAAAAAAAAAAGAAACAACAAACCCCCAAAACUCACCCCAAAGCGGGUCAUUAGGAGGCCACGUACCUUGCCGAGGGAAGCCGUGUGAUGUGGUUGUUGAAGAGCCUGGGACCCAGUCCUGACCCACCACUUUCUACUUUGGUGACCUUGGGCAAGGUCUGUGACCUUUCCGUGCCUUGGUGGCUUCUGCUGGCAAGUGGGAAGCAUAAUAGUGCCUCCCUCCUAAGAUCGCUGAGAAUUAAGUGAAUGACUGCGUGGAAUUCAUUUCUGGCAUUCAGCAGGGGCCAUGUGGUAUGAGCUAUUAUUUUUCCUGCUCUCAUUACCAGUAGAGUGGUGGUAGUAAUAGUAGCAGCAUCAUGCCUGUUAUUUAUAGCAGUUACCGGUGGCACCUCCUGCCUCUUUGUGACAGCAGCGUCUUGCACCUCAGUUGAAAAAUGCCGGCAGUUGCCAGAGGUCUGAAAACUACUGCUCUCUCUAGUUGAUGCUAAUUGCCUGUGUUACAGGCAGUUAAAUGUGUGUGUAAAUGUGUGACUUUUUUUCCUGAACGCAGGUUACAAAAUCUUUUGUGUUAACGCCCUAGUCUUAAUACCACAAAGUCAUCUGCUUUACCAUGGCUGUAUUUUUAUUAUUUAGAAUACGAUAUGCUUAUUGAGCCAGUUAUUCUCCAGUAACUUUGUGAAUGCAAAAGCAUUGAGAGAAUUAAGAACAAAUAAUAGAGUCAUUAUUUCACUGAUCACAAUCACUGCCGCCUGUGAUUUUCCCAGAGGCCUCAGCGUGGUCCCUGAUGAAGAAGUCAUUGAAAUGUACGAGGGCUCCCACGUGCCUUUGGAACAGAUGAGCGACUUUUAUGGGAAGAAUUCUCCUUGCCUUGUGGGGAGGGAGCCAGAUGUUGACGACCAGAAUCCCCUGGGUGAAUGUAAAGUCUCCUGUGGUGUUGGCUCCCUUGCUGAAGCCUUCCUCCCUGCCUGCAGAGUUCCCACGGAAACACCAUGAAGCAGUUCAUGGACAUCUUCUCCCUGCCCGAGAUGACCCUGCUGUCCUGUGUGAACGAGUACUUUCUGAAGAACAACGUUGACUAUGAGCCUGUGCACCUGUACAAAGACGUCAAGGAUUCAAUUCGGGACGUGCACACCAAAGGAAUCAUGUACAGAGCAAUUGAAGCAGAUAUUGAAAAGUACAUCUGCUACCCUGAGCAGACCCGUGCAGUGUUGGCCAAACUGGCUGAUCACGGCAAGAAGAUGUUUCUCAUCACCAAUAGCCCCAGUAGCUUUGUGGACAAAGGGAUGAGGUAUAUUGUUGGAAAAGACUGGAGGGACCUGUUUGAUGUGGUCAUUGUUCAGGCGGAGAAGCCAAACUUCUUUAAUGAUAAGCGGAGACCUUUCCGGAAGGUGAAUGAGAAAGGCGUCUUACUCUGGGAUAAAAUCUACAAGUUGCAGAAAGGCCAGAUUUAUAAACAGGGUAAUUUAUAUGAAUUUUUGAAGCUUACUGGAUGGAGGGGAUCCAAAGUGUUGUAUUUUGGUGACCAUAUAUACAGUGACCUGGCGGACUUGACCCUGAAACAUGGCUGGCGAACGGGUGCAAUUAUCCCAGAGUUAAGAUCUGAGCUCAGAAUCAUGAACACGGAGCAGUACAUUCAAACUAUGACCUGGCUACAGACCUUGACUGGGUUAUUGGAGCAGAUGCAGGUUCACAGAGAUGCGGAGUCACAGCUGGUUUUGCAGGAGUGGAAAAAGGAGAGGAAGGAGAUGAGAGAAAUGACCAAAGGUUCCUUCAACACCCAGUUCGGAAGCUUGUUCCGCACAGACCAGAACCCCACGUACUUCCUGCGGCGCCUGUCGCGGUUUGCCGACAUCUACAUGGCGUCCCUGAGCUGCCUCCUGAGCUAUGAUGUCAGCCACACGUUCUACCCCCGGAGGACCCCGCUGCAGCAUGAGCUUCCUGCCUGGUCCGACAGGCCCCCGGCCGCCAGGCUGCCGCUCCUGCAGGAGGCCCAGGCCAAGUAGCCAGCGGCCCAGGCACCCUGGGCGUGAAAAGCCAGGACCGGCGGCGGCCCCGCACCGGGCAGACUUUGCAUGGACGUGACUGUCGCUUACGGACAUGCCUUGUGAUAUCUAUUUUGUACGUUACGGAGGAUACCCCCCAGCUCGUGAAGACAGGAGCUCGCAGCCCACGGGGACUGCCUUCCUGUACGUGUGGGGACAGCAGCUGGCUUCCUGUCAACGCGCUGUGAUCGCCCUUCUUGUUUACUAAGGUACCGCGACUGGCGUCAGAUUUUCUGGGACGGGGAGGCUUCUUGAUACCAUCUCUGGAUUCCAGCAGGUGAAGUUUUGAAACUCUUCUUGACUCUUCCAUGCAAAACGCGUGGAAAAAGUGAACAUUCACAGGCAGUGCAGGGGCCCAGUGGUGUGCACCGGUGAACUGCUCACAGAAAGCUGACGCUUGAGCGAGCGCUCCGAUAGCAAACCACGAUGUCAGCGGCAGAGAUGGUCCCCAGACGGCAGCCGGUUCCCAGAUGUCUUCUGGUACUAGGGCUUUGGCACUCUGGUGCCUCACUUGAAAGCAGACCCAGCCUCUCUGGAAGUCUUUCGUGAGAAAGAACAAGAGAAGUUGCAAGUCCUUGGCCUUGAUUGUCCUCGGUACCCGUUUCCCGUGUCCUGCCCCCUGCGGGGGAAGGGCCAUUGUGCCCCCAAGUGAUGGGCAGGUUCACUCCCUUCCCCAGAAGAGGAGGGCAAAGAGUGAAGAGCUUCUGGUUAAAUUCCAGCCAGCAGAACAGACUUUGUGGAAUGAGGCUGUGAGAAACGAACAGGUCAGAAGACAAAUGCCAGUGCAUUUGUGGUGGGUCUCCCAGGAAUUUAUUUUCCCUGAAACUGCUACCCGUAUAUUGCUUGAAUGUGAUCAUUGGAGGAUGGAAAAUGAAACCAAAAAAAUGUCCUUGUAAUGAAGUGCCACGCCGUGACCCCUACCGGCUGUGUUGCAGUCUUAUUAAAAUGUGUAUUACCGGAAACCAUCCUUGUCGGAGGGAAACGAGCAGGUGCCUGUCUCUCUCCUGAGUUGUCAGCCGAGGAGAGGGGCUUGAAACUAGCAGGGGGGGAGGGAGGUGGCCCUCUCCUCUUAGCCAUCUUCCACCCUCUCCUCCUCUUAGAUUGCUUUCCUGCCAUGUUUGUAUGUCUGUUUUGGGAGUUUGGGUGGUUUUCUUUAGGUGUCUGUGUUAAAGGUGGGAGAGGAUAAAGGGCACUGAAGCUAAGAGAAACAGAGUUGGAAGUGACCUAGCUCGCUGAGCGUUCCUAUUUCCUUCUGAGGACAAGGCAAGUGACACGCGUCCCUGAACGUAAAGGAUGCAGGUACGGGAGGAAGGGGGCUUGUGGAGAGAGUGCUCGCUUAUUCAGCGUUUUUAAUGGAUUCGUGUAUGGAGCCAGUUGUUGAUGAAAUGCUCGCUUGGCCUUCCACAGGAUACCUGCCCGAGUGUGGAAAUUAGAUGAGUGCCAUAGCAUGCAUUGUAAUGCUGCUUGUUAUAAUGGGAGUGUACUUGUGAUAGUUUCUUGUAUUUAACUAAAAUAGUGAAGGUGAUUCUCUGGACCUAAUAGGCCCAAUUAGCCCCCGUUUUUUCCUUCUGAAUUUGAUUAUGAACACAGUAGUCCAUUCCUUUUUCAGACAGCAGGAGGCAUUUUGUUUGCUGUUUGUUAGCGCCCAGGGGUUUUAAGCAUCCAAGUGCAUUGGAAGACUGGAGUUUCGGGGGUGCAGGUGGUGCCCAGAAAUGUUCAGUGUUGGGGUCCUCAGAGGGUACACUGGUGCUUUGGGCUGUUAGUUUCUGCUUUGGAGAAGCUGAGUGAGGAAGGAGGUAUUAUUUUAAAACAUUUUCUUAGUUUUUAUGUAAUCAGGUAUUCAUUAGAUAUCUCUCCUAGGUGCCAGUGAUAGGGUGUUUUGUUUACUCAAGAAUGAAGUACAACUGUUCUUACAACCUGCUUUCAUGUACAUCUAGGUUAGGUGACCCAAGCCUGGGGGAAGAAAUAGAUUUUCUGGGUGUGAAUAAUGAAUUUUACGAUUUAUCACCAAUUAAGGUUUCGGUCUGUGGGCCAUGGUACGUGGCGGUAUUGAGAUCUCUCCGCGCGGGGCCCACCGAGCACGCGCCUGGCAGAUGCGAACCCGCGCUGGGGCCAGGACAGAGGCAUUCUUGUCUGUGCUCAGUCAGUCUUAACUCGUCACUGUCGUGACUCAGCGGGUUUUCAGCACGAUGCACUGCAUUCUGUUCUUCCCGGUUUGUCCUCUGGUGCGCACACUUAUGAAGGCAUAUGGGUACAAGGGAAGGGAGUCUAUUUUCUCCCACUUAAACCAUCAAUUUGGAAAGUGAACGGAAUAAAAUUAGUUUGCACAUUACGACAAUAUUUUCCGUUUUUAGCAUCAGUUAGACUGAUUUUCUCCGAAUGAUGUGAGCAAAAAUUCACAGUCCGGGGCAGUCCUUGCCCCCCAGGGCUCACGUACCUGUAGUUGGUUGCCCUGGAAGGAACCUGCACAACUGGUUUUUCCAGAGUUGUUUUUAAUAGAUGAGACCUGGCUUUUAAUAUAUUUUAGGAGUUUGGCUUAGAGCUCCCACUUUCCUCCUAACAUAGCCUCUUUUCUUUUCCCCCCUUUUAAAAAUUCUCUUCAGCUCCGUUAAUGCCAUGCAACAUAAACCACACGUUACCGACUCAGGCACACCUCAGACUAAAUUCCUAGUUGCUUUGAAGGCACUGGUCCUCUUAAUUAGCGCGAAGGAGAAAUGAAAAGUAAUCUUUCCUCCUAACUAAUUUAGCUUUGGGUGACCUAAAUAGCUUUGCCUCUCUUUUUGUCCCCAAAGGCCUCUAAAGCGGUAGAGAGUGCGCUAAAUACCGGAAUUGGAUUCCACUCAGCCGAAUGUUCACCUGCUGCACCCACUUGGGAGCCCUUGUCUCGAAUAUGCUCUCAGACUGAAUUUGGCCAGAGGCAGGGUUCCUUGGUUGCUCUCUUCCAACUACUAGGGAGCCAACCUAUGAUUUGCCCUCUUAGUAUUGAUUUCCUUGUGUACCAGUUUUCUGCGUUAGCAUAUGGGAGCUUGGCUCCAAGUUCAGCUAACCUUUAAUACCCUAGUGGAUCGAGGAAAAGAAAGGAAGUGAAGUUUCCCUAAUGCAAGGUUCAGCAGACUUUUCCUGUAAAGGGCCAGGCAGUAAAUACUUUCAGCUUUGCGGGCCAUUUUCUGCGGCCCCUCUCUAGGACUGGGCCUGCCUGUGGUCCAGUACAGCUUGGCUUAUGAAAACAGGCUGCAGGCUGGAUUGGGCCUUCGGGCCAUGGUCUGCUGACCCCUGCUCUGAUGGAUUGUGUUGGUGGCAAUGGCGAGAUGACCUUGCUGAAAGCAUGCAGAUGAAGCAGCCCACGGUUGGGUGCAGCCAGUAGAAAGAAGUUCUGUAGGUAAGUGCGCCAUGUUCCCCUACGAGCUACUCUCUGGGCAUAUUUGCUUUCAUGGCCAGUGGUAAAAUACUGUGUUUCCAGCACACGGCGUGAUUGUCGUUGUGCUAUUGAGCUGCCAGACUCGGCAUUCAUUGAAUAUACCUCUCAUUGCACUCAUCUGUGAUUGUGCGAGUAGCGUGUGAUGGGCUUGGAUGUCCAGAAGACCGCCCUUCAGGACCGAAGGACUUAAUCCCCCCAACUGCUGGGUGUGCUGCUGGCUUACCGUCCGCAGCUGUCAGUCCUCUCUGGGAGCUUCCCCUGCUGAAAGGUCCCGCCUCGGAUGAGGACGUGGUCAAGCUCCCUCCCUGGAGCAACUCUGAAGGCCUUUCGGCCCCAGAGCCGGGGGGAGGGCACACAGCUGAGGCCUCUCUGUCUGCACUGCAGCCCAGCUCCCUUCCCAUCCUCUCUCCCCUUCCCGGGUGUUGCCCCCAAGGACAGUCCCCAUCUCAGUGCCUGCUCUCCAGGGAACCCACCCACAGCAGUGCUCUGUACUUUUCUAUACCGCAGGCUUGAACUCUGACCUAGGAAACUGUUUUUUCAGUAGAAUGACAGAUUGUGCCUGUUUAAUUAAUUUCAGGCACAAUGAAUGCAAAUUAGAUAGACUUACAGUUUAUUCUGAAUGUGAAUUUGCUAUUUAUUCUAAAUGUUGAUUUUAUGUUACAUGACUUUGAACUUGUUGCCAAAUAAAAGUUUGAAUUGUAUCGUCCGGUUUAUUCUA